GGCUGGGCUUGUCUUCUGGGAGGGCCCUUCCUCUUCRUCCUCCUCCUUUUUAGCACUCCAGUUCAGCCCCCAAGCCUGGAGCAGCCUCUUCGCUUGAGCCCUGAGCUCCACCUUUCGCCCAGCACCAUGGACAGCGACCCUCUGCGGGACCUCGACGCCGCUGGCUUCCUCCGCCUCUGGCAGCACUUCGACGCCGACGACAAUGGUUACAUAGAAGGCAAAGAACUUGAUAACUUUUUCCAUCAUCUCCUAAAGACACUGGGCAGUGAGAGCACCAUCACAGAAGAAAGGGUUCAGAAAGUGAAAGAGCAAUUUAUGUCAGCCUAUGAUGUAACUGCAGAUGGACGCUUACAAAUACAAGAGCUUGCAAAUAUGAUCUUGCCAGAGGAUGAGAACUUCCUGCUGCUUUUCCGAAGAGAAACACCUCUGGACAACAGUGUGGAGUUCAUGCGGAUCUGGCGACAAUAUGAUGCGGAUUGCAGUGGUUUUAUUUCUGCUGGUGAGCUCAGAAACUUUCUCCAAGAUCUCUUUCAGCAACAUCAGAAAACAAUUUCUAAGGCAAAGCUGCAGGAAUAUACUGAUACCAUGAUGAAUCUCUUUGACAAAAACAAGGACGGACGACUGGAUUUGAAUGACCUGGCAAGGAUCUUGGCUCUUCAGGAAAAUUUUCUCUUUCAGUUUAAACUAGAUGCUUGUAGCGCAGAAGAAAGGAAGAGAGAUUUUGAGAAAAUCUUUGCACACUAUGAUGUUAGUAAGACGGGUGCGCUGGAAGGCCCAGAGGUGGAUGGAUUUGUAAAAGACAUGAUGGAGCUUGUCAAGCCCAGCAUUAGCGGCCCUGACCUAGACAAGUUCCGGGAGAUCCUUCUUCGCCAUUGUGAUGUGAAUAAGGAUGGGAAAAUUCAAAAAUCUGAGCUUGCCUUGUGCCUGGGAAUUAAACCUUCCCCAUAGACCUGAAUGUACUUCUCCUGUGGUUUGCCAAUUAUUGUCUUUUGUGGAAGCCUGCUGGUAACUGGUAGAAUAUUAUCAGUGCUGUGUUAAUGAUCUCUGUUGUGCUGAACAUAGAAGACAGAGGGGACUCGCUGUGGAUAUGAAUAUUCAUGUGCAGGAUACAGCUAAAUUUAAAAAGCAAAAAAAUCAAGAUGUGAAGAGCGGUAUCAUGCUCCCUGCUGCUCCAGGAGAGAUGUUGUCUGCAGGAUUUCUUACACAUUCUAAAAGCAUGUAUCUACACAUUUAGUCUAUUACAAACACAUGCAGCUAUUGUAUCAAGAGUGCUAUUUCGGGUUACAAUACAACCUCCGUAUCCACAUGCCAUAUAUUUCUGGGCUUUGUGUGAAUACACAAAACUGCAGAAAAUAGUGAACCCUAUUAUUUUCAAAGGGAAAAGUGAUGAAGAUAUUGAGAAAAUGGUACAGUGAAUAAGUGAAACUUUGGGUAAAUGAAAUCGCAUACAUUGGUUCUGUGGCUACAGAGGCUUUAAAUAUGACUGCAUUCUAUCCCUUAGCCUACAAUCACAAAGCAACACCACUGUAUUACUUUGCAACCUUGUUUAUAUUGGCCUUGUCCACAUGUUAGUGGCCCCAAGUCCCUUCAAGGAGAUGGAAGCGGGAUAUAAGAAUUAAGUUAUUAUUUUUUAUUAUUAUUAUUUGUGAAGCCAUGGUUUUUCCUUCUUUACUUCAGUUCCCCCUGUUUAUAUGCCUUCUCAAUAGUGUAGACUUUUCUUUGUAUUCGUUUCUGAGUGGAGCUUAAAACAACCCCUCAGAGGCCAAACUUAGUUAAUCUCUUCCUUUUCCCUGCACAGAGCUCCUGGCUGGAUUCUUCCUUCCUUCUAAAGUAAAGCCUUAGAGGCCUGGAUAGUGUCUGGAAUCCUAGCCUAGCAGUCUAAACAGGCAUUCUUAGUGCUUUCUCCUGCUGGUGCAUUUAGCAGUAUUUUAUACCAGUAGUAAAAAGGACAACAGAAGCUUUUGGCCAGCCAAGCUUCUCAGGAAGGAAGAUUAAGGCAGAUUAUAACCAUCGCUUUGGCACCAGAGGCAAAAGAGACUUUCAAAGCCCCCAGAAAGAUGCCUGCAACCAGCAAGUUCUCCUUUUGUAAUGUAUUGUUUUAAGUUAUUCUAUGAUAGUCCCAGGUGGAGUUAACCCUUUAUUCAUCUUGCUUCAGUAAACACAUUUGGUUAUCUUUUCACCUUGCCUCAAAGUGCCUCUGUCUGCUAAGGGUCUAAAUCUUAACAAAAGGUAUCAGACAGCCCUCGAGUAAAGCCAGACAAUAUAGUUUUCCCAAAGGUUUGGGUAUGCCAUCACAUUAUUAUUAUUGAAUAUUCCAUGUGAGUAACAUUGGUGUGACAACAAAUUCAUUACAUUAUUUUUCUCUUUUACAAAAGCUUAACAAGAGGAAGCUCAGUGCAUUUGCAUUUUU